AUGCUCAAGGGCACGGACGCACUGUCAGAAGAAGACAGAACUGCGGCUGCUUGGACUCUAAUCGGGUUUGCACAAAGGAAGCUGAUCUACCGUUACAGACUCCAGGUCGAACUGACCAGAAUCCAGAGAUUGGCGAUCGCUGAUGACAGGCUGAUGUUCACGUACUCGGCUCGCCGAGAAGCGGGACGAGAUCUGGAGGAUGAAUUGGUGGCCAGCCACAUGCGUAUGGCGUACUCAAUGCAGCGAAACUGCGAGUAUAUGCGUUCGGGAUACCCUUCCGAGCCCCACUUGGCUGAAGCAGCGGCUCAACAGCUGGCCAUAUCUAGAAAAGGAUUCGGGUAUCCACUUACUGGAAUUCUCCGCGAUAAUCUUGAUGGAGGGCUCAUUGAUCUUAGAGAGCGUGGAGAAGUGGUCUGGCGGGCGCUGCUCACGAUGGCGUACGACUCGGCUGCCGAAUCGGAACAACCGAAUGUCCCGCCUAUAACUACAGCGCAGGCUGCUCGGUUAACGGAUUUAUGA